AUGGGCGUGGCAAUGAUCAUCAUCAGCUUCACUACCUCCGCCAACCUUCCCUUCAAUACCAAGCAUGCCCACCUUGGCGCCGUCUUCAUCAUUCCUUUUGUGGCCGUGGCGGCAGGGAUUAUGUACUCGUUGCUUGCCAGUAACGUGGCAGGCUAUUCAAAAAAGGUCUUUACUGGUGCUCUUUUCUUCGGAUCCAACUGCGUGUCCAACAUCAUCUCUCCUCAGGUCUUCUUGACUCGUGAAGCACCGCACUAUCAUACUGGCAUUACUACAUGCUUGGCUGCAUUUUCGAUCAACAUCAUGGUGUUUUCGUUGCUAUACUUCCUUUACUCUCGAGAAAAUAAAGCCAGAGACAAAUAUUUUGAGGGUGUGACCAUGGAAGAGGAGAAUCUCACCAACGCGUUUUCUGACCUGACAGACCGAGAGAAUAAGAUGCUGAGGUACAAGUAUAAGCAACGAUGGUCAUAA